GUCAAUGAAAUCCUCGAGUCACACCAUGAGAAGGGCGCCACGACCAAAUCUAUGUCAGAUGAUUUCGGCACCCUGGAGGAUCAUGGCUACGUCUUUUCCCUCCACCCCGAAAACCCACGCAAUGCGGCCAUAAGCGAAUACGCCCGGAUCAUCGCUGAACGCAACAAGGACAAGUACAAGGGGUGGCAUGCCGCGGUGAUUCCAGAGGUGUCCCUCUGGCUAGAGGAUGUACACGACACGUCGAUGGAGAGCAUGCUCGUCCUCAUGCUUAACUGCUCUAUCAACGUGGAGUGACUUCUGGUGCCAGACGUCCCACCUGGAGAGGAAAGAAGACUGAUUGUUCCUGCGGAUUUCCAGGAUACUUGGGUGCACAUUCGUAAAAUCAGCCGCUUCCCUGAGAACAUCGAAAAUCUCCGUGCUCCAAAGAUCGAAACGCUCCUGCUUGCCGCCCAGAACCACAUGGUGCCCCUUUUGCCCGAGGAUGAACGCACGUUUGCUGCCAAUGUACUGGAACAGGCCGUGCACAAGAUAGUGGACGACAGUCACCAGCGUCUGUUCAACGAGCAAAAUGGCCUUCCUACUGAUUCCGUCCUCUCCACCCGUCGACAAGAAAUUGCUGCUCGUACUCGCCUGUUGCGCAGCAACCGUCGGAGGAUGUAGCUUGGGCCUGUUGUCGUUAUGGGGCCUGCCCACCUGUCGUUACCUCGCGCUCACUCAAUGACAUGCCGUGUAUCACUCAUGUAUGUAUGUCAUGUCC